GAACAAAUCAAACCAUUCCAUAGCCAUCAGAAAUGAAACCAAAUGCAGUGACUACAGCUCUAUGUACAUUUGUUUUCUUCAUUCUCUGUUUUUCUGCAGAAACCAAAACCAGCACUUCUAGAACAUACAGAAAAGGCAGACACAGUGGAGGAGGAGGAAGAAGAACAAGAGGAUCAAACUGUGAUCCUUUUUACUUGUAUCUCUAUGGAACAUGCGGACAUUGGCCUUUUCCUACGUGUUCUUCCCCUCAAAACCCUUUUGAUCAAACACCAACUCCAUCGUAUUCUUUUCCUCCGCCGAUAACUUACACACCGAGAAUCCCUCCGCCGGUCACUUACACCCCGAGAAUCCCUCCAAAGCUAAGAUAUUUUCCACCACCUUUCUUACCUCCACUGGUGCAUUAUUCUGCCCCACCGCUGCCGCCACCAUCACCACCUCCUCCGUCCCCACCACCCCCUUCACCGCCACCGCCUUCCCCGCCUCCCCCGUCCCCGCCUCCACCGGCUUGUUCACCGCCGCCUCCACCGGCUUGUUCACCGCCGCCGGUUAAACCCUGCUGCCCUCUUCCACCUAAUCCACCCUGCUGUCCUCUUCCACCUCUUCCACCGGCGCCGCCGUUAGUUCCGUCACCACCGCCACCUGCUCCUACCUUACCGCCAUUGGUAAUUCCACCUCCGAUGUCUCAAAUGCCAACAUUCCCAUGGCUGUCACCUCCGGACCCCUUCAUCUUUGAUCCACAACCAGCACCUCCACUUGUUCCGUUCACAUCUUCGCCACCUUUUCUCAUCAACCCAACUCUUCCGGACCCUUCUUUACCUCCUCCACUGCUACCCACGCCGUUUCUUUCAACUCCGCCGUUUUUUCCUAUGCCGCAGACACCUGAUAAUGCUGUGUUUCCACCACCUUUGGCUGCAGAGGUGCCACCUACUUUUGUCACGCCGGGAACGCCGGUGAUGCCGGAUGACCCACCGUCCUUCACCACACCGGCUGAUUCUCUGUCACCGCCGGAGCUGCCGGAGAAUCCCCCGGAUGUUUCACUGCCACCGCCGGAAUUGCCGGAGGAUCCGCCUGAUACUUCCUUGGGGCCACCAGAUACGACGGAGGAGCCACCGGAGAAUUCUGCUCCCGACCCCGAAGAGCCACCGGAGAAUUCUGCUCCUGACCCCGAAAACCCACCGUCGAAACUCAUCAGCAGCAGCGAAUGAUUCUGAUGUUUAUGCCGCACUCAAGCUGAGUGUGUUUAAAUUAUGUUCCACUUUUGUUCUUUCCUUUCCUUGAAGUUUCAAAAUCAUGUCCCAUGUAUUAUAUCUUAAAAUAAGGACAAUUUAAGCUGUAUUUAAGCUUCUUUUAAAUAUUACAUGUCACAACAUUAA